AUGGGGCCUCUCUCGCGCCUGCUACCACUACCGUUGUUCCUCGAGCCCGUCACGGGCAUGAUGACGAGGAGGCAAACGCCGGAGGAGCUGGGGUUCGCUGUGGGGGAUGGCGACCCAGCCGACGCCGCCUCGGACCCUCACUCUCGCUGGCCGACGAACUUCGGUGCGGAGCAGUGCUUGGACCUAGGCGCCAAGGGCUUCCCCCUGCCGGUGUUCAACAUGCUGCGGGAGGCCAACUGGGACCCGCAGCGGUAUUUCGACGCGCUCCAGGCGAAGGGCUACGGGGAGGACGCGCUCCAGCUGGUGGGCCCCCAGAACGCCAUCAUGAAGUCGGACUGCAUGAGGCCGCGCGCGGUGUCGAGGAUCAAGCACAUCUCCGCGGUCGGGUGGUCGCCCCGAUUGUGGCGUGCCCUCUGCAGCACACUCCACAGGCUGAACAGGUGUCCGGAGAUCUAUUUCGACAACAGCACCACUGAGGAGUUGAUCUCGCGUCGGCGAAGCGGGGAGGAGCAGGAGCGGCGGGGCCGCCUCCACUCUGGCACGCUGCAGUCGCCCGAGGGCCACAGGGUGCCCAAGGGGUGCACGGAGGAGGGCAUCGCUUCGUUCAUCCAUCCACGGGGGCGGGUGGACUGGGACGCGUGGCACUACGGGCUGCCGCUGCGGGAGAUCAAGCGCGAGAUCAGCGAUCUCGGCCUCGACACCUCGGUAGACACUGUGGUUGUGUGGGUAGGCUCGAACUACGUGCGCAACGACAGCCGGACCGGAGUGUUCCACAGCACCGUCCAGGCGCUCCACGACCUGAAGGUCAAGAUGGUUUGGGACACGCCCACCUACCAGGACGUGGCCCUCAUGGCCGCCACGUCGACCCACCACCAGGGGAUGGACCGCGGCGUGCCCAUCGUGUACACUUCCAUCGUGGGGCAGGGAACCCUGCGCGGCGGCGGGAAGGCCCAUGGCGAGAUCGGCUCCAACGAAUACAGGGACGAGAAGAAGAUCCUGGCGGAGGCGAUCCCCAUGACAGAGGUGCCCAUGACGAAGCGCUGGCAGCUGACGAACCGUUACCGCGGGCUGCAGUGCGAUGGCAUCCACACCGACAUGCGCGGCAGGGACCCGCUGUUCUACGACCAGCCUUGCCCGUAUGGGGAGGCCCCCGCCUACGGCACCUCGUCCUACUGCAUGUGGACGGAACCCUUCCAGCAGGAGCUGUCGGAAAGCUGCCCGGCCGCCACCGGGGUGGACGACCUCGUGCUCCAGAGCGGGCUCUACUCGAUAUGCGCUGGGCACGAGAGGCCGUUCUGCUACCAGCACACCGGCAACAUCCGCUGA